CACCGACGCAUAGGAGACAAUGACGCCAAAGUCUAGCGGUAAAGCAGCGAAGAAAGCCGGUAAGGCUCAGAAGAAUAUAUCGAAGGGUGACAAGAAGAAGAAGCGCAAGAGGAAGGAGAGCUACGCUAUCUACAUCUACAAAGUCCUGAAGCAGGUCCACCCAGACACUGGUAUUUCCAGCAAAGCUAUGAGCAUCAUGAACAGCUUUGUCAACGACAUUUUCGAGCGCAUUGCCGCCGAAUCGUCUCGUCUAGCUCAUUACAACAAGCGCUCGACGAUCACAUCUCGGGAGAUUCAAACUGCUGUUCGCCUUCUGCUUCCUGGAGAACUUGCUAAGCACGCUGUCAGCGAGGGUACUAAAGCUGUCACCAAAUACACCAGCUCGAAAUAAGCGCGACUGCCUCAAUUUGUUUACGAAUCGGCCCUUUUCAGGGCCACUAAUCAUUGUAAACGCUAAAGAACGGUA